AUGGCGUUACUUUUGAACCAGCAAAAGGUUCAGGAACAAAACGCUUUUCUUUUCUGUUUUGCUCUAUGGGUAUUUUUCAACAAGCGAUCCAAGAAAUGUUCUAAUCUGGCCAGCUUUUACAAGAUCACAGACACCGACGCGGCCGCCACCAUCGCCACCGCCGAUAACUGCUCAAGCAGUAGGAAAUGCAAGGGCAAAGGAGGCCCCAACAACAGCAAGUUCAGGUACCGUGGAGUCUGGCAGCGGAGUUGGGGCAAAUGGGUAGCCGAGAUCCGAGAGCCACGCAAGCGUACAUGCAAGUGGCUCGGCACUUUCACCACCGCCGAGGCCGCCGCUCGCGCCUAUGACCACGCCGCCAUCAUCCUCUACGGCUCAAGGGCUCAGCUCAAUCUCCAGCCCUCUAGCGGUUCCUUGUCCCACUCCUACUCCUCCACACGUGGCACCUCCUCCUCGUCUUCAACUCAAACCCUCCGCCCUCUUCUCCCUCGCCCCUCUGGGUUUCUUUUGCGAGAAGACACGGAGAUGGAGAGGGAGCUGGAGGAAAAGAGAAACUACGCUGGAUAUUUUGGGAGAAACAACUGA